UUGAACAGUGAAGGGGGUAUUGGUUGGGAAUCAGUCCUCUUUUUAUUUUUGUUUGUAUGUGGUGGAUAUUGACCUCAAGAUUCUUGUCUGAAUGAACCUACGUUCAUCUUGAAAUCUAUUGCACUGGAGCAUAGCACUAAUUAAAGUGCCUGGAUUUAAAUAUGCAUUUCUCUGAUGCUUUUCAGAUUCGCUCCCUCCCCUUCAGUCUCUAUUUCGGGUGGUUCUCUUUCCUGAAGUUCAGAGGCAGGAUUUCUGAGUUUUGACAUAUCUUUGGAAAUGUCAUUCAAACAGGAGCCUAUUUUUGGAAAUCAUAGUAAUUCAACAAUAUCUGAAGGCUGUUUCAUUUUUUGGAAUCAUCAAACAAACUUGCAUUUAAUCUUUUAGAAGACCUGUGAUGUUUUAUUUUAUUUUGUUUUCCUUUAAGGAAGCUUGACAGAAAAGCAAAUUUCUAAUUCAAAUGUAUUUCAACACAGAGGAGGGAAGGUUCCUGAAAAUAAAUGUUACAAUCAGUAUUACAUUUGGAAUACAGUACUGGGUGCAUUUUAAAUCCAGUUUCCAUCGUGUAACACACUGAGGAAGAAACGCUGGGAAGACGGAAAUACCUUUGAGACCCCGAGGACUCCCCCAUACCUUAGCCAAUGGAACUGCAUAGAAUGAAACAACUGGAUCAUAUAUAAAUACUGGCACUUAUUAUUACUUGCUGCUUCAUUUUUUGGGUGUGUGUGUGGGGGACAUUUCAUCCACUUCUGAUUUCCUUUUUUCUCUAUCCAACUCAUUACAAAUGAUGGCUCACCCUGGGAUAAGAGGUUACGAUAACAGGGAGAUAGUGCUGAGGUACAUCCAUUACAAGCUGUCACAGAAAGGAUAUGACUGGGUUGCCAGUGGAGACAGAGAAAACCUUCCUGUUGCUGCUGCUGCUGCUGGGACCUUCCCUAACCUUGCUGGGCUGGCAUCCCUGCCUUCUGAGCUGCCAGGCUCUGCUGCUGUCAGUAGCAUUCCUCCUGUUGAUGAACAACACCCAGUGCCACAGGUUGUCCACUCAACUUUACGCCAAGCUGGAGAUGAGUUUUCACGGCGUUACCAGAGGGACUUUGCUCAAAUGUCUGGCCAGCUCCACUUGACCCCUGUCACUGCCAGAAGUCGUUUUGUUGCAGUCGUGGAAGAGCUGUUCCGAGACGGGGUCAAUUGGGGAAGGAUUGUGGCUUUCUUUGAAUUUGGUGGCAUGCUGAGUGUGGAGAGUGUUAGUCGGGAGAUGUCACCCCUUGUGGACAGUAUCGCUGCAUGGAUGACCGAGUACCUGAACAGGCACCUGCACAACUGGAUCCAGGACAAUGGAGGCUGGGAUGCCUUUGUGGAGCUGUACAGUAACAACAUGAGGCCUUUGUUCGAUUUCUCAUGGCUGCCUCUGAAGACAAUCCUGAGUCUGGCUGUUGUGGGCGCCUGCAUCACCCUUGGUGCUUAUCUGGGCCAUAAGUGACUUCAACCAAUUUACGAUGAGCUGAUGAAAAGCCCUUUUUAAAGGAACUGAAAAGAGCAGGGAAGGGAGAGAAGAAAAUAAUAUUUGUUUGUUUUUCCUGUAGCAUAAUGCUAUUAUUUUAUGAGCCAAGUAUCUUUCUGUCUAAAUAUUAAAUCAGCUAUUACUGCCAAAGGGAAUAUUCAUUUAUUUUCUACAUUGCCGGAGAAGAGUUAUUUAUUAAAGAUAUUUUACAUUUAACCUGCUAUUUUCCUGAAAUUCUGCAAGCUAUACGCACGUAUGCCGUAAUGUUGUUGUAAUGAAGUUUAAGGAGUCUCCAAAGAUCUUCAGUUUUCUAGCAACGUGUCAUUCGACAGACUAUUUUGUUACAAUAGACUGAAGAACAAGCACAGAGACACGUGUGUUUCCUUCUUAGGGAAGUCAAUGAACGGGCUGCUUGCAGCAGUGGAAUGUUGCAGUUAGAUUUUUUCAACUUUGCCUAUGGAAGGGGGAAUCCUGAAAUGUAGCAUGGAUGAGAUGAGGACCAUUUCCAGCCAGUAUCGCCUUUGGGAUGUAGUGAUUCAACACGGUACUUCUGGAGCAAGAAGCGACACGAGAUUCAGGCCAGUAAUAGCUCAUAUCCCCAAAGCCAACGGCUGCAUCUGGAAGGCUCCCCGAUGGGACAACAGCUGGAAAUACUGUUUCAUGUAACCUCUGAAGCAUCUUGUUACUUGACAUAUUGUGCCAUUAUUACACACACACCCAAUUGAUUGUCAUUGGGAGAGGACCGUCGGUGGGUCUUCAAGUGAUGGUUUUUAAAGCUAGGAACGACAAAUUUUGGAAUUGCAAGGAAUUGCUGUUUCAGUG